GCCUCCAGACUUAUAAAUUCAUUGUCUCUCACUCCACUCUCCUCGAGGUGUAACAGACACGUUUGCUCCUGCUCAACUAAAACUUCGCUUUCAGGAUGAGGGAAAUCGUCCACCUUCAAGCAGGCCAGUGCGGUAACCAGAUUGGCGCAAAGUUUUGGGAGGUGAUCAGUGAUGAGCACGGAAUCGACCCCACAGGAAGCUACAAUGGGGACAGCGACCUGCAGCUGGACAGAAUCAGCGUUUACUACAAUGAGGCCUCCGGAGGUAAAUAUGUGCCCAGGGCCAUCCUUGUGGACUUGGAGCCUGGCACUAUGGACUCUGUGAGGUCCGGACCCUUCGGCCAGAUCUUCAGGCCCGACAACUUUGUUUUCGGCCAGAGCGGGGCGGGUAACAACUGGGCCAAGGGCCACUACACAGAGGGAGCCGAGCUGGUGGACUCGGUCCUGGAUGUGGUGAGGAAGGAGGCAGAGAGCUGCGACUGCCUGCAGGGCUUCCAGCUCACCCACUCCCUCGGUGGAGGAACCGGUUCCGGCAUGGGCACCCUGCUCAUCAGCAAGAUCCGCGAGGAGUUCCCCGACCGCAUCAUGAACACCUUCAGUGUUGUUCCAUCGCCAAAGGUAUCAGACACAGUCGUUGAGCCCUACAACGCCACCCUGUCGGUCCACCAGCUGGUAGAGAACACAGACGAGACGUUCUGUAUCGACAACGAAGCCCUCUACGACAUCUGCUUCCGCACGCUCAAGCUGACCACGCCCACCUACGGCGACCUGAACCACCUGGUCUCAGCCACCAUGAGCGGCGUCACCACGUGCCUCCGCUUCCCCGGCCAGCUCAACGCUGACCUCCGCAAGCUGGCCGUCAACAUGGUGCCUUUCCCCCGUCUCCACUUCUUCAUGCCGGGCUUCGCCCCCCUCACCAGCAGGGGCAGCCAGCAGUACCGUGCCCUCACCGUGCCUGAGCUCACCCAGCAGGUGUUCGACGCCAAGAACAUGAUGGCGGCGUGCGACCCCCGCCACGGGCGCUACCUGACGGUGGCCGCCGUGUUCCGCGGACGCAUGUCCAUGAAGGAGGUGGACGAGCAGAUGCUCAACGUGCAGAACAAGAACAGCAGCUACUUCGUGGAAUGGAUCCCCAACAACGUGAAGACGGCCGUGUGCGACAUCCCACCCCGUGGCCUCAAGAUGGCCGUAACCUUCAUCGGCAACAGCACCGCCAUCCAGGAGCUGUUCAAGCGCAUCUCCGAGCAGUUCACUGCCAUGUUCCGCCGCAAGGCCUUCCUCCAUUGGUACACCGGCGAGGGCAUGGACGAGAUGGAGUUCACGGAGGCGGAGAGCAACAUGAACGACCUGGUGUCCGAGUACCAGCAGUACCAGGACGCCACCGCCGACGAGGAGGGCGAGUUCGACGAGGAGGCCGAAGAGGACGGCUGAGCACGGAGAGCCAAGCAGAGGAAGGAGGUGUCAAGUGUCCCGCCAUCAUAAGUAGAAUAAAUAAUUCAGUGAAUUGUUGUUGAAAAGGAAAUUGUUAUAGCCCAUUAGAUAUCCUUUGCAAUUGACUGCAAAUACAUUUGGCAAAAAAUAAUGGUUUCUCUUUUUUUUCUUGCACUGUAAACCGGAGAGCUCUAUUUGCCUGUCAAAGAAGGGUACAGUGAAGCAUUCCACCACUGGAGUAUAUGGCUCGUGCAUCAAUGAGGUAGUUAAUAUGUUGGUUAGAAGGAUGCCAUGUUUAACAUUUACAUGUCAUUGGUAUGGCAAUGUCGUCUACAGUUACCAGUUCUACCAGUGUCCUGUCUGAUCACCAACCCCUUGCCAAGUCCCCUAUUGUAUGUGGCAAGCAUAUAUAAUUAAGUUUAAAGUACAUGAUUUAUGACAUCUCGGAAAGAAUCAUUUGUAAGUGCAACUUGGGGGUCCUAAAGGCUUAAUGUGUAAGUGUUUAAUGAGGCCAAAAUAAAAUACUUUUUAAGUUUAACUUA